AAAAAAAAGGAAGAGAAAUGGAAGGAGAAGUUGCAUCUUCUCUUUAGACUUUACUUAUCAAACACACCCACCUCUCCGGUCUCCACCACUCCUCUUCGGUCUUCCUCAGUCAAGCAAGCAUUCCUCUUUUUUAUUCUUUCUAUACACUUCCUUUCCCUGCCUUAUUCUUCAAGAACCUUUUUUUUUUCUUUAAUUAUUAAUUGGUUCUCUGUCUCUCGACUCUCGCUUGCUCUCUCAUCCAACCCACAACCCAGUUUGUUUAUUUCUUCUACUCGAGAAGUUAAGAUUGGCUUCUUCACAGAGUCAUUAUGCCUUUCGGAUUGGUCUCAGCGUGGAACAAGAGGCGGAGAAGCAAAUCCCAGGAUCAUGUUGACCCAUGGAUAUACAAAUCCGUCGAGCACUGGCAACUUGAAGAUCAUAAUCCAUCCCCGAGAAGAUUUCAUGGGUCAUCAGUGUUCACACUCAAGGAAAUGGAGGAAGCAUCGCAUUCGUUCAGUGACGAGAAUCUGCUUGGGAAAGGAGGAUUCGGUCGGGUCUACAGAGGAAUUCUGAGGUCAGGAGAGGUAGUGGCAAUCAAGAAAAUGGAGCUGCCACCGUUUAAAGAGGCUGAAGGUGAACGGGAGUUCCGUGUGGAAGUUGACAUCUUGAGCAGAUUGGACCACCCAAACCUAGUUUCUCUGAUUGGUUAUUGUGCUGAUGGGAAGCAUCGGUUUCUUGUUUAUGAAUUCAUGCACAAAGGAAACCUCCAAGAUCAAUUAAAUGGACUCAGUGAGGAGAAGAUGGACUGGCCUUUAAGGCUCAAAGUAGCACUGGGAGCAGCACGAGGGCUUGCUUAUCUUCAUUCCGGCUCUGCAGUUGGGAUUCCUAUUGUGCACAGAGAUUUCAAAUCAACCAACAUACUUCUAACUGCAAAUUUUGAAGCAAAGAUCUCUGAUUUUGGCCUCGCCAAGAUGAUGCCCGAGGGCCAGGAAACAUAUGUGACCACAAGGGUGCUCGGUACUUUUGGCUAUUUUGAUCCUGAAUAUACAUCGACAGGGAAGCUCACUUUACAAAGUGAUGUCUAUGCAUUUGGAGUAGUUCUCCUUGAGCUUUUGACUGGGCGCAGAGCAGUGGACUUGAACCAGGGGYCCACUGAUCAAAACCUUGUACUACAGGUCAAGCAUAUAUUGAACGAUCGGAAAAAAUUGCGCAAGGUGAUAGACCCAGAUAUGGUUCGGAGUUCGUACACCAUUGAAUCGAUAACCAUGUUUGCCAACCUCGCUUCUCGCUGUGUUCGGACUGAGAGCAGUGAGAGACCCUCGAUGGCAGAAUGUGUAAAAGAACUCCAGCUGAUUCUCUACACAAAUACGAAAGGCUUGGGAACAGGGAUGCAUACGCUCAGAAUGGUCUGAAAAAGUUAUUAGACAGUAUUAAAAAGGAACUGUUUGAAUCAAAAGAAUGUGCAAUUUUACUUGCUUUCACCUAAGUGAUCAGAGAAAAUAGAAUUGUAUGGGAUAAACUUCAAGCUUGAAGUUUGCCAAAUGAAUUUGAUAAUAAAAAAAGAAAAAAAAAAAGAAAUUGUUCCAUCAACUACUCAAGCUUGGCAAGUAGGAACCUACUUCCUAGAAAAGAUAAAUAGAUAUAUAAUGAAGAAAUAAAGCAAAUAUUUUUGAAACCAUGCAAUACCAUUUGAAUUUCUGCAGAUUAAUAUGGCUUUUGGG